AUGGAAUUGCCAUCAGAGCAAAUCAUGAUUAAAUCGGACAGUGAGCCAAUUACGAAGCCUGUGCCUAGGCCUUUUUCAAUUGAAGCACUUAUGAGUGACUGUGGUCCUCGGAGAAAUACAAAUUUUGUGCCGUGGGAACCGCAACAUCAGUUUGUACAUAAUAACACUAAAGACACUGAUUCUGAGGAAAGUGUGGAAAUGGACUUAGUGCAGGAUUUGUCGAACAGAAGUCAAAAAGAUGGUAAUUCGGAUAUAGAUGACGAUUUAGAUGAAUCCCAUUCAGCAGAAGGCUCAGCCGCCACGAAAGCUCGCAGACGACGUACAGCGUUUACAAGUGAGCAAUUAUUAGAACUAGAAAGAGAAUUUCACGCGAAAAAAUACCUUUCGCUUACAGAACGAAGUCAAAUAGCAUCUGCACUUCGAUUGAGCGAAGUUCAAGUUAAAAUUUGGUUCCAGAAUCGAAGAGCGAAGUGGAAAAGAGUAAAGGCUGGCCUUGGUAGUGGACCGCACCAAGGAGUUAAGAAUUCCCACCAGAAAAGUAAACUUGUAGUGCCCAUUCCAGUACAUGUUAACAGAUUUGCAGUUAGAAGUCAGCAUCAGCAGUUGGAACGAGCUCUUGGUGAUUUGGCCGGUAGAGUAUUAGCUAGUCAUGCAGCAUUACGAGCUGGUUUAGACUUACAUGGAUUCCAUACUCAAGCUCCGCCCCACUAG